CAAACAAACACACACACACUUUCGGGGUGGAUCAUACAAGAAGUGUAAGCGCAGACAUGUUUGACACCUCUCACUACCCCUUCAACUGUUUCAACUAUGACGGUGACGGAUACGCUUCGUGUAGCACAGACCAGGAGAAGAAGAUGUGCAGACCUGCUUACAGCUACAUCGCCCUGAUCGCCAUGGCGAUUCAGCAGAGCCCUGAGCAGAGGGUGACUCUGUCAGGCAUCUAUGAGUUCAUCAUGAGGAGGUUUCCUUACUAUCGCUCCAACCAGAGAGCCUGGCAGAACUCCAUCAGACAUAACUUAUCGCUCAACAGCUGCUUCAUUAAGGUCCCCAGGACAGAAGGGAAUGAGAAGGGAAAAGGAAACUUCUGGACUUUUGCCCCCGGCUGCGAAUCCAUGCUUGACCUCUUUGAAAACGGCAACUUCCGGCGUCGCAGGCGCAGGCGGAACAUGAAAAUCGGCCUCCGCGAUUCAGGAGAAGCUCCCACUUUCCAGCCUGCAGAAAGUGCCGUCAAACGGCACAACACGUCUCAUGCGGCCCGCCGCCCCGAAGCCGACUCCGACCUCUGCCCCUUGACCCCGCAGCGAUCUCGACCGUGUCCGCCGCUGGUCCCGAACCCCGUCCAGGGGAAACCGGGAUCCGAGAUCAAGUUCAGCAUUGACUACAUCCUGUCUACGCCAAACCCGCCCAUGCUUGGGAUCAGAUCUUCGGGGCCACCCAUUCAUGUGGUGGAGCCACAACACUUCAACCUGCACUUCUGGACUCUGUAAGGACCAGCAUUUGGCUGAAGACGUCCCGAGACACUUGAAAACGAAACAAAAAGAGGAUCAAAGUAGACAUGCAGGUACAGAACACAGAAUAAAUUGUAUACAUCAUUCAUCAUGUUAUCCAUAUAUGUAUACAGUAAGAGCAGAAUGUACAGGAGAGACUUCCAAAGCACAGUUUAAUUAUAACAUCAAUAAUCUUAUUUUGUCAUUGUUUUUGUCUUGUCCCAACAGACCAAAUAAGAAGCAUGAAAAUGUUCUCAUAUCAAAAUUUAAGUGCCGCAAUCUUCCAUUAUUUCAGUCUUCGACCGUGACUGAUGACAAAUGGCAAAAAUAACUUGAGAGAUGGCUCAACAGAAUUAAUGUCAGUACAUGAAAGACACUUAAAAACAUUGCUAAUUAUAUAAAAAAAUACUACUAAUAGUACAUAUAUUUAUUCCAAAGAAAAUUGUACUGGUAGUGCUUUUUUCCAGGGGGGGGUUUGCCCAUCAUCCACAAUCCAUGUGAGACUAGAACACAUGUCUUUCCCUUUUCUGUGCAUUCUAAAUGACAAAAAACUGCCAGUAAGAGACGGCUAACAACGCAGGUAAUGGGGAUACUAUCUAUUCUGCCUAUAAAGCCCUCUAAAAAA